AUGCCACUUGAAUAUGCUGGGCUUUUCGGUCGCCUGGGUCACCUUGGUGCAAUCGAGGGCAAGUACAACGUCGCCAUCUCAACUGCUUGUGGCGCGCUUAACAAUUUGGUUGUUGCGACGACUUCGGGCGCGCAAGCUGCUCCUUCCGGACACCAAGCACCGCGACUGUUUAAGUUGGUGAAAGUGAAUGAUGACAAGUACCUGCCAGCGUUUUAUUAUGCCCUGCGUGACACACUGGUGACUAAAGACCUGGAUGAGGCUUCAGCGAUUGCUUAUCAAGGACGCCAAUACAAAUAUCGUGUCGUGACUUUAGACGGACAGUUGGUGGAGAUGUCCGGCGCAAUGUCAGGCGGUGGUGAGAAACUGCGCAUGGAGCAGGGUGUGGCAAAAAAUCACGAAGCAAAUUACUGA